AUGCAACCGGGUCUGGGGCUUCAAGUCACCCUGGCUUGCCAAUUGCCGACCCUCCAGGCGCAGUCAUCUUUCACACUACCCGUCAAAGUUUCUGUUCAAAAUCUUGGGAGUGACCCUGUGACAUUCCUGAGAUGGGGUACCCCGUUCGACGCCCAUGCCGCGGUCUCGGGUGUGUUCGAAGUUCGUGAUACUGCCGACGGGACAGUUCUGCCUCUAGACGUGCUCAAAAUAUCCCGCAAGCUUCCGGCGUCUGCAGGGGACUUAAUAGAGGUUGCGGGAGGCCAAACAAUUGAUAAGAUAGUCGAGUUACCAGGAGUAAAUCUACAAGAAGGUCAUGGCUAUUCUAUUAUUACGCAAGGCAUUUGGCACGCCAUAUGGAAAGCGCCACGGGUUGAUGUCACUGCAUCCCAAUUAUCGGACUUCUCAGGGGCAAGCCGCGGUGAGUUUCAGUCAAAUGUUGCACUUGUCAAUAUUGAGUAA